GUUCGCGAUCUUCAGCCGAGUCGUGCAGUCUAAAAAAAAAAUUACAAAACAAACACCCGGAAUAAAAUUUGUGAAACAAUUUGAAUAAUUGAAGUGCCAUAGAUGAAAAAGAAUUAACAAUGGAAUAAAAGAAUUGUAAAGUUAAAUAAAAAAGAAGUUUUUUGGAAGAAAUACCCAAAUAGAACUUACAAAUAAAUUGAGACAAGUAAACGCGCUCUCGGUAGUUGUUUUGAAGGAAGUGAAUUGAGUUGUUGGAACUACAUAACUUGAGAAUAAAAAUGAAAAACUUCACACUUUCGUCUCUGCUUUUCAUUUUCUGUUUUUCCUAUUCACUUUGCUCGAAAUAUGAGGAUUGCGAGAAGCCUCCAGAAGUUGAGCAUGGCUUGGUUUUAGUUUCGUUCGAUGAGAAUGAAGAAUACGUUAAGGCAACAUAUCGCUGCAAUGAUGGAUACAGACUCCGAGGAAAUAGUGAAAUAACAUGUGAUUUGGAUACUGAUGAAUGGGAGCAGGAAUCACCAAACUGUGUGGAAGAUACAGCAUCAUCCAACAAUAAAUCACCAUUGGACAACAAAAAGCGACGAAGAAAUAGAGUGCAAGAGAUACAAGAAGAAAGUCAAAUAACAAACGACUUCGCCCAACAUUUGGACUUGUCUUGCAUGAGCAAAGGUCUUGUUAAAGCACCACAAAUAAAGAACGCAUACCUGAAAUAUAACAGACGUCGAAAGGGCGAAAAACUCUUCUUGGUGGCGUACUACGAGUGCGAUGAUGGUUAUGAGUUGGAAGAUUCAGAGCAUGAUCGUCUUUACUGCAGUCGAGAAUCAUGGGUGGGCAACACACCCGUGUGCAUACCACAAAGCGAUAUUGAGACCGAAUACGAAGAAAAUGAUGAAGAUUACGAAGAUGAGAACGGAAAUGUCUCAGGUGGGGAAAGCGAGAAUGAAAGUGAAAACGAAAGUGGAAGAGAAGACGAAGAUAACGAAGUAACGUCAGAAUCUCAUCACGAAGACCAUAAUGAAAUUGAAAAAGCAACAACCGAAGCUAGCACAGAACCACCUAAGAAUGUGACCAUGCCAUGUGAUUCAGAUCGUGCAGGAUGCGAUCAUGAAUGCCAGAUGGUGAGAUAUGAUUUUGAUCCCGAGCCUGUAGUUCAAUGCUCGUGUUACAAGGGCUUUGUUUUGGAUGAAUACGAUGGCAGGCGAUGUCAUGACAUCAACGAAUGUGAUUCGGAUCAUGGGUGCGAACAAAUUUGCAACAAUUUGCCGGGUUCCUUCGAGUGUGCGUGCCAUCCCGGGCUUCAAAUUGAUUCAACAAAUAACAAAAAUUGUAUCGAUAUAAACGAAUGUUCAAGGAACAAUGGACGUGGUGAGUGUCAAGAUGUUUGCUACAACACUGAAGGCAGUUACAAAUGUUCCUGCGAGCGUUUACCGAAUACCAGACUUGCAUCAGAUGGGCACAGCUGUGUAGAUGCCGGAGAAUGUUCAAAUAACAAUGGAAAUUGUUCCCAUAUCUGUCUGUGGACGAUGAAGAAGAUUUUCUGUCUUUGUCCCGAAGGCCUUGAACUUGGUGAAGACGAGAAAACUUGUUUAGAUAUCAACGAAUGUUUAGAAAAUCCAUCAAUUUGCGGUGCCAACGUGUGUGAAAAUUCUUACGGAACGUAUACAUGCAUUGAGCCUUCCACAACUCAACCUUCAACGACAGCUGCCGUGUUAUUUUCAACCACAGAGCUGUCACAUGAGACUAAAAGGGAAGAUGAAAACAUAUCCGAUGUCGUUGAAGUUGAAUAUAACGAAAUAAAUAAAGAAAAAGACGAGAAUGACGACGAAGAGGAUGACUACUUUGAAGAAAGGUUAGAGAGUGGUAAAAGUGAAAGUGAGAUCGAAAAGGUCGAUCUAGACGAGGAUAAUGACGCUACCGUAGUGUCACAGCAUGAAAAAAGUGACGUUCACAACGAGAUUUCGGAGGCUGAAUCAACCUCUCCGCAUGUCUCAGAAGUUAUGGAAACCUCCACGAUAUCAACCAUCGCAUCAACUUCAACAACGACUGAGAUGAACAAUGAGAUUCCGAACGAAGUGGAAAAUGAAAAUGAUUCUAUAGAAGAUCCUAAUGAAGAUGAACAAUAUUCGGAUGUGGAUGAAGAAGAAGAAAAUGAACGCAGCACCGACUUGCAUCAUCAAUCUUCAACUGUCAAAUCUGAUUUCGGUAGUGAAUGUGAUGAUGGAUUAAGAUUAGACAGCGAUGGCAAAUGUGUCGAAAUCAAUGAACGAGAACAAGAUCUAACGACAUUAGCAACGACAACAGAAGUGACACACGCUUCUCGUAUCAAACCCGAAUGUCAACACGUUGAUGGUGAAGGGGUUGAAUGUUAUUGCCCAUACGGUUACGACUUGUCAGAGGAUGAAAGCUUUUGUGAGGACAUAAAUGAAUGUGAAAUUUAUGAUAAUGAUUAUGAAGACGAAAGCAACAAUGAUGAUGGUGAUGAUGUGCCAAUUGCCCGACCAAAAGCGACGUUCUGCUCUCAUACAUGUACCAAUCUAAUAGGAAGUUUCAUUUGUUCUUGUCCGGAAAACUUUCACAUUCACGACGACAAACGUACAUGCGUUCGUGACUAUUGUGCUGAUUUAAGCAAUAGUGAACUGAACAAAACCAAAUGUUCGCAUGAAUGUAUUGACAGACAAGAAGGCUAUUCUUGUGAAUGUCCGAAUGGUUUUACAUUACAAAACGAUUUAAAAACAUGCAAAGAAGAUUUUGUAGAGGAAAUAGGUGAAGUGGAAAAAGAGACUGAAUCCGAUAGCGAAGAAGAGUUUGAAUCGAUUGUUGAGUGUUCUUCAACACAUCACGAGCAUUGUAGCCCUGGCAAUUGUGUCGUUGUUGGCGAUGAAUUGGCAUGCUCAUGUCCCAGUGGAUACGCAACAAAAUCAAAAAGUUGUGUUGAUAUCGAUGAAUGCGAAUAUGGAAGUCAUCAGUGCAGUCACUCAUGUCACAAUACUGAAGGAAGUUACCGUUGUUCGUGUCCCAAUGGUCUGACAUUGUCAGAUGAUGAGAAGACAUGCGAUGAUCUUGAUGAGUGUUCCCAUGACGAUGAUAUUUGUGGAAGUCUCGAAUGUCGAAACACUUAUGGCAGCUACAAAUGUAUAUGUCAGGAAGGAGAAGAAAUUGAUGAACAUGGAGAAUGUCGAGCUGUAAAUUUAUGUUAUAGAAAUAACGGAGAGUGUUCGCAUUCAUGUAGAUCCCACCAUGAUCAAAUAAUCUGCGAAUGUCCCGAAGACAUGGAACUCGAUGAUGACAAGAAAACUUGUAUAGAUUUCGACCCAUGUCGGUAUGAAAACGGCGGAUGUUCACAUUAUUGUGAGAAAAAUAGAGGCCCAAUUUGCUUUUGUCCACCUGGAUUUGUUCUUGAUGAUGAAACCGAAACUACUUGUAAAGAAGAAUUUAAAUGCAAAAAUGGUUUUAAAUUGUUAUCACAUGAAAGCGAAACGUGUGUUGAUAUUGAUGAAUGUUCUGAACAUCACAAUGUUUGUCUUAAUGGUCAUUGCGAAAACACUGAAGGCUCGUAUCGUUGUCACUGCCAUUCCGGCUAUGAGCUUUCACAACAUAACAUUACAUGUGUUGACAUUGAUGAAUGUGCACGUGAGAUGUCUCGGUGUUCACACCGAUGUCUUAACUUACCUGGAUCGUAUCAAUGUGGGUGUCCUUACGGUCAAGUUCUUAUUGAAGACGGCCACACUUGUGGAUUUUCUGAUUUAUGCGACUUUAACAAUGGCGGAUGUGCCCACGAAUGUGAUUUUGUCGACAAUAAAAUUUCAUGUUCAUGCCGAAAGGGAUAUAAGGUUGAUGAUGACGAUGAUAAAAAUUGUGUCGAUGUCGAUGAAUGUCAAGAGGAUAAUGGUGGUUGCGAGCAAAGUUGCAUCAACAUGGAAGGAACGCACCAAUGCUCUUGUCACGUCGGUUACGAGCUUAAAGCGAAUGGACUCUCAUGUGCAGAUGUUGAUGAAUGUGUUGAGAACAAUGGGGAUUGUUCAAAUAUCUGCAUUAAUCUUAUCGGAUCGCAUAGUUGUGCAUGUGAAGCUGGAUAUUCUCUAGGCCAUGAUAACCAUACAUGCUUCGAUGUGGACGAGUGUCAAGAUAUACACGACUGCUCGCAUAUUUGUAUAAAUACUGAAGGAACCUAUGAAUGUGCAUGUCCGAAUGGCUUUCUUCUCGCACAUGACAAAUUCAAUUGUCAUGAUAUUGACGAAUGUCUCGACUCACCAUGCAUUGAUGGUCAUUGCAACAACACAAUCGGAUCAUUUCACUGCUAUUGUCAAGAGGGAUUCGAGUUGUUAGACAACGGAAUUAGUUGUAUUGAUAUUGACGAGUGUGUUCGUCUUUCUCAUUCAUGUAGUCAUCACUGCUUGAAUUUUGCUGGAGGAUACAAUUGCUCUUGUCCCAGUGGAAUGGAAUUAAACGAUAACUCACAAACAUGUGAAGAUAUAAAUGAAUGUGAGAUGGAACAGCCAUGUUCACAUGAAUGUGAGAAUACUGAAGGAAGUUUCAUUUGUAAAUGUCCCAAAGGCUUUGUCCUAGAUGACAAUGGAAAAGAUUGCAUUGAUCUUGACGAGUGUUUGACAGACAAUCACGAAUGCAGUGAAGUUUGCACAAACACCAAAGGCAGCUAUCAUUGCAGUUGUUCAUCUGGAAAACUUUUAUCGUCUGAUGGGAAAUCUUGCAAUGAAAUUGAUCCCUGCUCAAUCGAUAAUGGCGGAUGCAGUCAAGUUUGCGAGUAUCGCCACAAUCAAAUAGUUUGUUCAUGUCGAAAUGGUUUUGAAAUUGACAUAAAUGACAAAACUUUGUGCAAUGAUAUCGACGAAUGUAAACGAGACAGCAUAUGCCAACAGCAAUGUGUCAACACAAUCGGAAGUUAUAAAUGUGAAUGUUUCCCAGGCUUCCGUUUUAAUGAAAAUGAUCAAUGCAUUGAUAUUGAUGAAUGUAAAACGUCUGGUUUCCGGUGUCCAAAUACAGCUCAAUGCAUAAACACAGCAGGAUCUUACAAAUGUGUCUGUCCUGACGGAUCCAAAUUAUCACGAGACAAAGCUCAUUGUAUUGAAAUUAAGAAUGAAUGCAAACCACUCACAAUAAAACAUGGCGAUGUUCGCUGCACGAGAUCGAGACAUAGAACUCAACUUUUCUACCGUACAAAAUGCGCAAUUUCAUGCGACAAAGGAUACAAAUUACACGGACCAUCGAUUAAGCAUUGUAAUGGAACGGGCUAUUGGGACGAUAAUGGAGAUCCAAUUUGUGUUCCACUCGCUUGCCCACGACUUGCAAAACCUGACCAUGGAACAAUUUUACCAGCCAAUUGCAUGUAUGGUGAAACAUUUUCUGGUGAACGAUGCUUUUUGCAUUGCCCGUCUGGAUAUAAAGCGCUUGGUAAACGUGUUGCAGUUUGCAACAAUAAACUUGAAUGGCAACCUAAAGCAGAACUUCAAUGUGUACCGGUUAGAAUUCCAAGUGUUCAAUUAACAUCACAAAAAUAUCAUCAUCAUCAACAACAACAACAACACAAUCGACAUCAGCAGCAUCCACGACCGAGCAUAAAAUGUCCUGAAGACAUGAACGUAAUAAAACCAAAGAAUCAGGAAACAAUUUUAGUCCGCAUACCAAUGCCAGAGACAAAUGUCGAUUGGAACAUGUAUGUUGAUGCACAACCAGUGUGGGCUAAAAGAUUAGAAGGAGCUUUGUCACUGGGUGCAACAGAAGUAACUUUCCGUGCUGGAAGUCCUUACUCCAACGAGUUUGAUAUUUGUCGUCUCAUUAUUAAUGUUGUGGAUCCAUCGCCACCCACUGUCACAUUCUGCCCAGAACCAUUUAUUGUUCAACUGAAUGCUCACGAAACAGCACGACCCGUAUAUUGGGAUGAGGCAACCUUUGAGAGUAAACAUCCAAUACAACAAAUUUUCAAGUCAAAAGUUCCAGGUCACAGGUUUGGACCGGGAGUUCAUCCAAUCACGUACAUUGCCACAAACAAGGAAGGUUUGUCGGCAAAAUGCACUUUCAGGAUAACAGUUAAAGCACAUGAAACGCCUUUUGAUCACAGUCAACGAAUUGCAUUGGAAACAAACACAAUAACUGAUUCAUAUGAAGCGCCAGCGAAACAUUUAGAGAAUCAUGAUUCAUAUUUGAUUUGUUCCGGAAAGCCUCCAAUUAAAAUUGAUUCAAAUCAACCCUGGCAUUUGCCUCAUGGUUGUGUAAUCAAGAACGUGAAGGCUCAUCGUAGCAGACAUCAUCAACAACGACCUCUAAGACGUGAACGUCCUUUACGAAAACAACAUCAAAUUUCACAACAGACUCACGAAGGUGCUUCUAGCAGUCGCAUUGAAAAUCCGUUAGUUCCAACACCACACCGCAGGAGUAACAGAUUGCGCUAUUAUUCAUCAUGGGACACACAAAGGCAACAACAAUACAGACAACAACACCAACAGCAAGUGCAAAACCGAAGACAUCAUCAACUACGACAGCAUCCACAGAAUGUACAACAUCGACAACAUCCACAGCAUAUACAGCAUCAACAAUAUCAGAAUCAGCGUCAAUAUCAUCAUCACACUACCCAAAAAUCAUUGAGAUUAAAUCACGAUUCUCUUCCAGUUGCAUAUUGGGAUUAAAAUGCAAUCCGCAAUAAUCAAUAUCAGAUUAAAAACAACAUAAAUAAUUGAACUUCAAUCUAAUAAACAUUUUUUUAUUUAACAUUUUUAAACCAUCAUUCAAAGCACGUUUUGUUGGUAGGAAGCAGAAUUGCAACAUUUUAAGUUUACCAACAAACAUGUUUGGAAUGGGAAAGUUAGUAAUAAAGGAAAUGAAAUUCAUUUAAACAC